AUGUCAGACAUUAUCGCCCCCUUCCUUCCAGUCAAGCGAUUCGUAGCGUCACUUCCAUUUGCAGCAUGCAUACUUUGCCUAGCCUUAUUGAAGAUUGUUCUCUUUUUCAUCGCAUACUUCAAAGCUCGCGGUCAAUUUCCUGGACCUCCAGUCUCUAGCUUAUGGUCUGGCAAUCUUUCGGAGUCAAUGGCUGACGAUGUUCACGACAAAUGGCGCACUUGGCACCGAAAAUACGGACCUGUAUUCCAGACGUGGAAUGGCCUCUUCUCUCGCGUAGUCUAUGUUGGUGACCCGCGUAUCAUCAGCAAAAUUGGGAAUAGUAACUGGCCGAAAUUCCAUGCACAAUAUUCUGGAUUUAAACCACUUAGCGGGUCGGCCUUGUUCGCUCAAAUGGACCAAGAGAGGUGGAAGCAGCAACGGAAGGGUCUCGCCCCAGCCUUCCAGCCGAUCACUGUCAAUGACCAAUACCCCAUGUUACAAAGGUACCUUACCGAAUUUAUCGAAGUGAUCGACGCAGCUGCGAGAAGCGGCUCUGUAAUUGAUCUGUCUACUUUGCAUGUGUUGCUUACGCUGGAUUUCGUCGGAGAAGUGGCUUUCGGCGCCGAGUUGAAUGCUCUUCGCGACGGAGCCAGCUGCAGAAUCUUGCAGAUCUUCCACGAUAUCCUGCCUGAGUUGAUGAAGUGUGGAUUAUUCCCGCUUCGCUCUCAAAUCCCUAUCAUGGAAAGCACGCGGCGCAUGCACCGUUCUAUAAAGGAGUUGCGUGGUAUGGCGCAUGUCGCCGUCAAGAAUGCCAGGUCCUCUGAAGAGAAAUCAGCUGUUCAACCUGGGAGCAAGCGGAUCUAUGAGAUCUUAGCCCAACUGUCAGUAAAUUUGAAAUUACUUCAUGUUCUCGUUACUUUCUUACCAUUGCUAUUUCAGCUACGGAAUCCGGAGAUUUUGGCCAAAGUACGCACCGAACUCGAUGAGGUGCUCCCGCCGGACAGUGAAAUACCUACCGUGGAACAGGCUUCAAGACUACGGUACCUCCACCUGGUGAUCAAAGAAACGCUUCGAUACAACGGACCCGGAUUCGGGACGUUUAGAUACACGUCAAAGGACGUCGAAAUCAAUGGAGUUACGUUACCAGCGAAUACAACGCUUGCACUAUGGAAUCCUCAAGUGCAUCGUGACCCCAAGCUGUGGGGCCCGGACUCAGACGAGUUUAGGCCUGAACGUUGGCUCGUGUCUACAGGCUCAACGUCCUCGGAGUUCUCAAGAUUCAUUCCUCCUCCUGGAUCCUAUUUCCCCUUUUCCUAUGGACCCCGAAAGUGUCUCGGAGAGGGACUGGCCAUACUUGAGAUGUCAUUGACCCUGGCGACUUUGUUCAAGCGAUAUGACCUGAAGCUUCAGGAAGGAUUUGUCAUGGAGUUCCUUCCGUCCUUUACACUAUGCUCGAAGAACGGUCUUCCUGUCACAGCGCGUGUUCGAGCACAAGUGUAA